UGAGCGAGUUUCCAGCAGUGACAGGCGUGUGUAGAGUCAGAUGGAGGUUUGGAGAGAGGAAGUGCUGUUUUUCAGAUCGCCUCUCCUGCAUUGUGUCGAUAACAAACCUCGAAUGAGUGCCUGACCCUGUCGAGUGUGUGAGUUUAAUCCGGAAUACACGUUAAGGUUUAUUUGAAGCAAAUGGCGAACAUGCUGCGUCUGCUCCUGAGCGUGGCCGAGAAAGCCGCCAACGUGGCGCGGGUGUGCAGGCAGGAGGCGCCGUUGUUUGAGUUGCUGGUGCAGGAGAAAACAGGCGCCGACAAGAACAAAAAGUUUGUCCAGGACUUCAAGACGCUCGCCGACGUCGUGAUACAGGAGAUGAUCCGACAUGAUGUCUGUGCACAGUUUCCAGAGUUGAACGGCUUCAUUUACGGAGAGGAAUCCAACAAGUUUGAGAAUGGACUCGGAGAGAGUGUGAUCGUUACUGUAUGCUCAAAACAAGAAGACACGACGGCUUUGUUAGCCAAAGUGCUGGAUGGCGACCAAACGGCUGCGUCCCUCCUGGCCGAAGCCAUCCAUCAGAAGCUGCAGCUACAAGACAAACUUGCUGAUGAGCUUCAGCUCCCUCUGAAACCAGAAGACUUGGCCAUCUGGAUCGACCCCAUUGAUGGUACAAGUCAGUAUAUUGAAGGGAAGGAGCAGGAGGUAUCAGACGAAAAGUUUUGCUCCUCGGGUCUUCCAUGCGCACUUGUUCUUAUCGGCGUUUACCUGCGUGCCACCGGAGAGCCCAUCAUGGGGGUCGUCAAUCAGCCAUUUACACGCAGAGACUCAACAGGAAAGAGGUGGCAGGGUCAGUACUUCUGGGGAGUCGCGUAUGAAAACAUCAACAUGUGCUCCUUCACGCCCUGUCAGCGACCUGAUGGGAAAAACCCCAACUCCCUCUCGGUGGUCCUGAGCUCCAGUGAGAAGCAGGAAGUGAAGGAUGCUUUAUCGCCGCUCUGUGACGGGGAGCUGACCUACGCCUCAGGGGCAGGGUAUAAGAUCCUGUGCGUCAUUCAGGGCUUGGUGGAUGUGUACAUGCUCUCAGAGGGCAGCACCUAUAAGUGGGACUCGUGCGCCCCUCAUGCCAUCCUGCGUGCCCUUGGAGGGGGCAUCUGUGACCUCAGUCAGUGCCUUUCUGCUGUCAAGAACGGCAACAAGGACGUCAGGGCAGAACUGACCUAUAAUAACCCCCACGUUGGGGCUGAGGGGGCUGAGCAGUGGGCAAACCAGGGGGGGUUGGUGGCGUAUUUGGACUCCGCAGUUCUAAUCAGAGUAGUUGAGGCACUUGCCGAUAAAAUAUGAUUAUUUUUGUUGAUGAUGUUGUUUUGUUAGGAUGUUUAUUUCAGGGCUGGGCUGGUUUUGUAUCCUUUAUUACAUUUUGGUGCAAUUUGUUGACACAUUUACGUAUACCAUUAUAGUUUUGGGGGUUUUUUUUGGUUGUUUGUUGUAGAAUUAUGGAUGAGGCUGCCUAAGUAGACAACAUUUUCAGCUCACAUUAGCUGUAGGAGCGAACACUCGGUUUAAAAGCUUGCACCUAAGCUAGCAAACAAAACAUCCCAUGCAUGAGGUGCUAAAACUUACGAUACGCAGUAAAGCCUGAUACUCAAACAAUUCUAGUUGAAGAGUAAAUGUAGUAUUAUGAUCUCAUAAGCUGAAAUAAAUUUAAGGAACUGUUAUGAUGUCACAUCAGCACAUGUCGACUAGUACGUGUAUCCAUUUUAUAUUAGAUUAGAUUAUAAUGCACACGGCUGCUGGUUCCUGUAGUGUGUGUGUGUGUGUGUGUGUAUAGAAAUAUAUAUUCUAUUCUAUUAUAUAGGAACAUUUUGUUAUUGCAAUGUGUUUAUUCUAAAACCGCAACUCCAAGAGGGCCUGGGUAGUUAGUUGAUUUACAUAUAUACUGUAUUUUAUUAUUACAAUUACAGAUACUGUUUAUUAAAUUAGCAUCAAGUUCUUACAAUUUCUAUUGUAGUCAGUAUGCAAUAUAUUUUGUAAUGUCCUGUACAGUUUAAGAUGCCGAUAUCAUUGUUAUAAAUAUUAAAGAUAUA